AUGGAAGCGACUGCGAUUUACGACUUCUCACCGACUAAAGAGGAUGAACUGGCUUUCAAAAAGAACGACACUAUUGUUAUAACAGAUAAGCAUUCAGAUGAGAAUUGGUGGUCUGCUCAGCACUACGAUAACCCAAAAAAGAAAGGAAUGGUUCCGAAGAAUUAUAUUGAAAUGAAGCCACACAAGUGGUAUGAAGGACUAAUAACAAGGAAACAAGCAGAAGAAAAACUUAUGCAGAAAAAUGUUCAGAAUGGACAUUUUCUCUUGAGGGAUAGUGAAAGUUCACCAGGAGACUUUUCUUUGUCGAUCAGAUUUAAAAAUCAAGUACAGCAUUUUAAAAUAUUACAAGAAGAAAAUAAAUUCCAUUUGUGGGUAGUCAAGUUUCCCUCCAUCAACAAGCUUAUAGAAUACCAUAAACAGUCCUCAGUCAGUCCUUCAGAUAACAUCAUAUUGAAAGAAGGACCAAUUCAGGUUACCUGUUUGUUUGAUUUCUUAACGGCUGCUGAAGGUGAAUUACUAUUUCGUGCGGGAGAUAUGAUUGAGGUGCUGGAAAAGGAUGAUAAGGAUUCUUGGUGGAAAGGGAGAAACCAGAAAACAGGAGAAACAGGACUGUUCCCCGUCAAUUAUGUGAAAGAAAAGUAAAGCUUUGUUAUGUGACAAUUGUGAUAAGUUCAGCUAUUCAAAAGACAAAUAUUCUUGAAAUUUGAAAUGUCUGAAUCAAAACCCAAGUUCUAUAAGCUUCAUAUGCUUUGGUUAAUUUUGAUAACUGAGCAAAAAUGAGUAUGUCAUUAAUUUCUUUACAUUGGUAUAGCUUGAAUGACUGGCAACUUGAAUUGUGAUAGUGAAGAAUGCACCAAUUUGCUUCACGAUGGAUGAUGUAUUUCAGGUUCACGGCACCAAUAUAUUCAUGUUGCUAUGGAUACAAUAUGUCAGUCACAUAACCAUGGGACCAUUGAAUGUAUGGUAUAUACCGCGGGUACAUGUUGCUAGCAGAGGACAGAAAUUCUGAAAUUUUAUUUUAAAACCUAAGCUUAUUCUUUGGUUCACAUGCUUUUGCAUUGUUAGUUUGCCUGAAGUGCCAAGUAAGCUUAUGGCAUACCACAGCAUCAAAGUCUUUCUUCAAAGCACUACCCAAUAGUAAUCAUAAACAACUGAGCAGUUUUGACCAAAGUUUGUUAAAAACAUUCUCUAGAACGGAGAUUCAGUUUUGUAUUAUACAGUGGAUCUGACAUGUCUGGGGCCUGAGGGGCUCAAAAGGGAAAAUCAAACUCCUUCUUCUGUAGGAAUCAUUGAUUUUUUUUCUAAAUAUAGUCUGAGCAUCUUAGAGAGAGGGUAGGCCUGAUAGGGGUAAUCAAGUUAUUUAUUUAAAAUCCUUCUCUCUCUGUAAGAAUGACAAGUUUUAUACCAAAAUUUUUUCUGAGGCAUCCUUUGGUGACAAGGACUUAAUUUUGCAUAAACAAUAUGUCUUAUCCACCCCAGGGGCAGAGGAACUAGACCUGAUAAUGGAAAGAGAUAUAUAAGUUAGUGAUACAUGCACCAUGGACCUCUUGUAUUCAACAUUUAUGAAUUUAUGUUUAGAUUAAGUUGUCUUUCAAAGUGAAAUGUGUAAAGAACUGAUUUUGGUUCCACUGCUUAGCACUGUUGGUCCCGGUUCCCACAAGUAAUUAACGGAAAUGGUAAUAGUUAUGUCUUUAAGUAAUAAGAAAUAAUCUAGUUUUUAUAUCAUUUCCACACAGUGUUAGUGGAUUUUCAUUAGUAAGACUGUUGACUUCCAUGUAGUACCAUCAAAGUUUGUUACAUCAAAUCUCUUGAUUUUUACACAGUACAUAUGUAUUGACAAAGUUUGUUACAACAAAACUCUUGAUUUUUACACAGUACAUAUGUACUGACAAAGUUUGUUACAACAAAUCUCUUGAUUUUUACACAGUACAUAUGUACUGACAAAGUUUGUUACAACAAAUCUCUUGAUUUUUACACAGUACAUAUGUACUGACAAAGUUUGUUACAUCAAAUCUCUUGAUUUUUACACAGUACAUAUGUAUUGACAAAGUUUGUUACAUCAAAUCUCUUGAUUUUUACACAGUACAUAUGUACUGACAAAGUUUGUUACAACAAAUCUCUUGAUUUUUACACAGUACAUAUGUACUGACAAAGUUUGUUACAUCAAAUCUCUUGAUUUUUACACAGUACAUAUGUACUGACAAAGUUUGUUACAACAAAUCUCUUGAUUUUUACACAGUAUAUAGAUACUGUCAUACUUUCUCACAAUAACAAGUACAUCAGUCUUCUUGUAUCAAUACCUGAUAUGUAAACAGAUGUAAAUUGUUACAUUGUAACAAGAUAAUCGUCUGUCCAUGACAUGUUGAUUUUCUAUAUUCUCUAUAGAUUAGUCAGAAAUACUGGCGUAUAUAACAGUAUUUAUCUACAUCUGAACUAAGUAUCAAGUCAUUUUAAAAAGGUUUUCUUUAUAUUUAAUGGUUUCCACAAUAGUUAUAAAUAGAUGCUUGGAAACAUUGUUUGUUAUGUUUGAAAAGAAUACCGGGUAUAUGAAAUUAUAUGUAUGUAAAUGUCUAUUUACUUGAUGGUGUUUUCAUUUGUAGAGAUUGUUUAUGGAGUCUCUUCUCAUUUAUUUGUGCGACACACUUGUCUCCUCAUUUUUUGUGUAGAUCAAUUUGAAGUGACAAACAUGUUUUAUUGUUUUGUAAAUAGUGAUAUGUACUGUUUUAAUUUGAGAAUCGAUACCACCACUACAUUUAAAUAUUAUCAUACAACAUUAUUUUAUCACCAUAUAUAAUCAUUUCCAAACUAUUUAAUCAGGAAGAGUACCACAGGAACGUCUGUCAAUCAGGUAUGUUAAUCGCCAAAUCAGAGCCCUAGUGGGUAGGGAGCUUCUCAACCAGGUACUUCUUUUAACAGAUAAAGGUCCCAUUGGCAAGGCACAUCUAUAACCAAUCUGGGACCUAAUAACUCUGAAACCUCUGAACCCCAGUGGCAUGGCAACUUCUUCACUAGUACUUUUUAUUGGCAGAUUAAGGUACCAGUCGUUAGGGAACUUUUGAACCAACAGUGACUUUUUUGUGCUUCUGGAUAAUUUAUGAUCGUUCUAAAAUUUCUAAGCAUUUUGUGUUGAAUCCAGUAUGUAGUCGUUUGAUAGUAGAUAAUUUGAAACAUAAAACAGAAGUUGGUAUUAAAAUUUACCAUUAUUAUCAAAACGUACCUAAUGCAGAUUUGACACCAUAUGAAUAAUGCAAGUGUUUCCUUCUAUAGAUUACAUUAAAUACAUCAUGGUGUUUAUAGUAUGUUUUCUUGUGUCAAGAAACAUCUGUUGUUAACAUUGUAAGGUAACAUAGAUAUGUGUCUGUCAAUGGAAACACAGAAAGUGUGUCGUUAACAUUGUACAACAUGGGAAGAGUCUACAACAUGAAUUGUCAAUGUUUGUAUUGUGCAAUAAAGUGUUUUACACUGAUUGAGGAACAUUGUGUCAGUCAACAGCAAGACUGAAAGUGUGUUGUUUGUAUAAUGAAGUAUUUUUCAAUGAUGUGAGGGACCUUUUGUGAGUCCACAGCAGAGCUGGAAGUGUGUAGUUGACAUUGGAUAUUAAAGUAGUUACUUUAUUCAACACUGAUAUUAAUGCUUUACAGUAAACUACCUUUUUGCAAUGAUUACAUACAGACAGUGAAUGUCAUUGUAAAAGAAGCAUUAUAUUUUCAAACAAAUGAAUUUUGGUUUCCUUCAGCAUUGAUUUUCAUUCCUGUAACGUUUUUUUUUGCUAGAUUGCUUGACAUAUAUGUAGCACUGUUACACUGUUUUGUGUGCUGCCUUAAUGCUAAGCAUAAUAUUUUCAAAGUAUGUUUAUCAGGGAAUAUAUAUGAUAUUCUAUAAUGCAAAUAAGUAUUAGAAGAAAAAAGAAGAGAAUUUUGGAACCUGUUUGUAACUUAAAAUCAGAUUCCAUCAGUGCUUGAAAAUGGAGAUAUUUUCUGCUUUUCCCUUUACAACAAACAAAUACCAUUUGGUGUAUGAUGAAUCACUUUGUUGUUGGUGAAUAUUUGUAUAAGCAGACCAGUAAGUGAGUACAAAUUUUACUGUUAAAGUCUCCCCCUUCUCACAUAUAUCUGUCAUUGGAUGAAUCUCGAUAUAGAAUUUUUGAAGAUUAAAGAAGGGAGAGAACUC